UCUCAAAAAAUAAAAAGGUGGGGGGAUUUUACGUCCCUGCCUCUCAGGCGCCCUCUGCCUCAGUCUCCAGGGUCACCUGUGGCAGUUUCUCAGGCCCUUGUCUGCCCUCAAGACACCCCCAUGCUGGGCCCUGGGAUGCACAGUGCGGGUCCCCUCUUUUGCGCUGGCCCUCUGGUUCUCGCCACCGUGGGGUUAAUGCAGCAUGGGUUUUGCCUUUCAUCUGAUUUCCCAUCUCCUUCUGUCAGCUAAUGAUUAUUCAGGGAGCUUCACCUCACCCUGCUGUCCCUAUCCCAAAUCUGUCAAAGUUCUCUUUGGGGCAAAGGUCAUGAGAAUUAUGGCCAUGUGACUGCUGUUUUCACCCCACUCCCUCUGCCGUCUUGGUCCCACUGUUCUGAGGAGCUACCUUUGCACCCUGCCUCUGGCUCUCCUGAGCAGAGAGAUCCUGAUGGCUGACUCAGAAGCACUCCCCUCCCUUGCUGGGGACCCAGUGGCUGUGGAAGCUUUGCUCCGGGCCGUGUUUGGGGUUGUUGUGGAUGAGGCCAUUCAGAAAGGAACCAAUGCCUCCCAGAAGGUCUGUGAGUGGAAGGAGCCUGAGGAGCUGAAGCAGCUGCUGGAUUUGGAGCUGCGGAGCCAGGGCGAGUCCCAGGAGCAGAUCCUGGAGCGGUGUCGGGCUGUGAUUCGCUACAGUGUCAAGACUGGUCACCCUCGGUUCUUCAACCAGCUCUUCUCAGGGUUGGAUCCCCAUGCUCUGGCCGGGCGCAUUAUCACUGAGAGCCUCAACACCAGCCAGUGAGCAUCCCACGGCCCCUCUACCAUCCCACAAAGGAUUUAGGUACACAUAUGAAAUCGCCCCCGUGUUUGUGCUCAUGGAAGAGGAGGUGCUGAGGAAACUGCGGGCCCUGGUGGGCUGGAGCUCUGGGGAUGGAAUCUUCUGCCCUGGUGGCUCCAUCUCCAACAUGUAUGCUGUAAAUCUGGCCCGCUAUCAGCGCUACCCGGAUUGCAAGCAGAGGGGCCUCCGCACACUGCCGCCCCUGGCACUAUUCACAUCGAAGGAGUGUCACUACUCCAUCCAGAAGGGAGCUGCGUUUCUGGGACUUGGCACCGACAGUGUCCGAGUAGUCAAGGCUGAUGAGAGAGGGAAAAUGGUCCCCGAGGAUCUGGAGAGGCAGAUUGGUAUGGCUGAGGCUGAGGGUGCUGUGCCGUUCCUGGUCAGUGCCACCUCUGGCACCACUGUGCUAGGGGCCUUUGACCCCCUGGAGGCAAUUGCUGAUGUGUGCCAGCGUCAUGGGCUCUGGCUGCAUGUGGAUGCUGCCUGGGGUGGGAGCGUCCUGCUGUCACAGACACACAGGCAUCUCCUGGAUGGGAUCCAGAGGGCUGACUCUGUGGCCUGGAAUCCCCACAAGCUCCUCGCGGCAGGCCUGCAAUGCUCUGCACUUCUUCUCCAGGAUACCUCGAACCUACUCAAGCGCUGCCAUGGGUCCCAGGCCAGCUACCUUUUCCAGCAGGACAAGUUCUACGAUGUGGCUCUGGACACGGGAGACAAGGUAGUGCAGUGUGGCCGCCGUGUGGACUGUCUGAAGCUGUGGCUCAUGUGGAAGGCACAGGGCGAUCAAGGGCUGGAACGGCGCAUCGACCAGGCCUUUGCCCUUGCCCGGUACCUGGUAGAGGAAAUAAAGAAGCGGGAAGGGUUGGAGCUAGUCAUGGAGCCUGAGUUCGUCAAUGUGUGUUUCUGGUUCGUACCCCCCAGCCUGCGAGGGAAGCAGGACAGUCCAGAUUACCACGAGAGGCUGUCCAAGGUGGCCCCCAUGCUCAAGGAGCGCAUGGUGAAGGAGGGCUCCAUGAUGAUUGGCUACCAGCCCCACGGAACCCGGGGUAACUUCUUCCGUGUGGUUGUGGCCAACCCUGCGCUGACCUGUGCUGAUAUGGACUUCCUCCUCAACGAGCUGGAGCGACUAGGCCAGGACCUGUGAGCCUUCUCCUUGCUGCCAGCCUUGAUACCACCCCUCACCCGCAGAGUCGCUGCAUUUCCUCCCUGUGCUCUCAAGAACAGCCUUUGAGGCCGGGCACGGUGGCUCAUGCCUGUAAUCCCAGCAUUUUGGGAGGCCGAGGCAGGUGGAUCACUUGAGGUCAGGAGUUCGAGACCAGCCUGGCCAAUAAGGUGAAACCCUGUCUCUACUAAAUAUACAAAAAUUAGCCGAGCAUGGUGGCAUGCGCCUGUCAUCCCAGCUACUCGGGAGGCUGAGGCAGAAUUGCUUGAACCCAGGAGGCAGAGGUUGCAGUGAGCCGAGAUUGCACCCCUGCACUCCAGGCUGGGCAACAGAAUGAGACUCCGUCUCAAAAAAAAAAAAAAAGAACAGCCUUUCUAGGCCACAGUGAUCUGCACAAUGUUUAUAUGCUUUGACCUACUAACUCCUUCUCCUAACUAAAUAUUUGAUUUUAGGAGAGUGUUUAAAUAAAUUAUAGUAUGUCUGUAUGAUGGAAUGUCAUUUUGCCAUUAAAAUUAUGUUUACAAAGAUAAUUUUUAUUGACAUAAAAAUAACUUUAUGUUGAAAAAGCUGAAUAUAAGACUUUAUAUACAGUAAUAUUUGAGCUAUGUUCAAAAAUACAUAGGAAAAGACGGAUAAAAUGAAAUAUGGCAAAAUGUUAAUAGUUUUCCCUGGAAUAGGGUAAUAGGCAAUUUUAAAACAGACUCCUUUAAAAAAACAAAAGAAAAAAGCAUAGACUCCUUUAUAUGUUUUGAGCUCCCUCCCUUUUAUUAUGUAAUCAAUAUGCAUUACUUUUGUAAUGGGAAAAUAAUAAAGUUAAAAUUUCAAGUGCA